GUUCGUGGUUCCUGGUUCGUGGUUCCCGGUUCCCGGUUCCCGGUGUUGCUAUGGGCCGCAGACCAGCUCGCUGUUACCGGUACUGUAAGAACAAGCCGUAUCCAAAGUCGCGUUUUUGCCGCGGUGUCCCUGAUGCCAAGAUCCGCAUCUUUGACCUGGGUCGGAAGAAGGCAAAAGUAGAUGAAUUCCCACUCUGUGGCCACAUGGUGUCUGAUGAAUAUGAGCAGCUCUCCUCUGAAGCCCUGGAGGCCGCUCGAAUUUGUGCCAACAAAUACAUGGUGAAAAGCUGUGGCAAGGAUGGCUUUCACAUUCGAGUGCGGCUUCAUCCCUUCCAUGUCAUCCGCAUCAACAAGAUGCUGUCCUGUGCUGGGGCUGACAGGCUCCAGACGGGUAUGCGAGGUGCCUUUGGAAAGCCCCAGGGCACAGUGGCCAGGGUCCACAUUGGCCAAGUCAUCGUGUCCAUCCGCACCAAGCUUCAGAAUAAGGAGCAUGUGAUUGAAGCCUUACGCAGGGCCAAGUUCAAGCUCCCUGGGCGCCAGAAGAUCCAUAUCUCCAAGAAGUGGGGCUUUACGAAGUUUAACGCUAAUGAAUUUGAAGACGAAGUGGCCAAGAAGCGCCUCAUCCCUGACGGCUGUGGAGUCAAAUACGUUCCCAAUCGCGGCCCUCUGGACAAGUGGCGAGCUCUGCACUCCUGAGGUCUUUGACGGCAUUGACUCUUUUGACCGUGCUGGUCUGACAUGCUAACCAAUAAAUUUGAUUUAGUGUCAAAAACUUUUUUU